AUGGAAGACGCCUUGUCUCCGAAUAACGCUACAUCCAUCUACCAGAGGUAUCCCGGUGGUCAUUUGCUGAAACGUUUUGUGCCGGAUGCCUUUUACCUUAAACUCUACGCUUCCCCUGUAUGGUUCUUCGUCGGCCUCAUAGGCAACGCGAUUUCCUUCCUCAUCUGGGUGUCCCACAGACAGCGUGGAAAGAACAGCUCCGCCAUUUACCUUGCCGCACUGGCCCUAUCGGAUUUUUUCCUCAUCCUUCUACUCUUCAGCGACUAUUUGCGUCGUUUUCUGUUCUUUGAGUCACCCAUCACAGUCAACGGUCUAUGCCAACUUUUUCAGGGUGUAUUCCUCUUCCUGCAAUAUUACUCCAUCGCUCUGACUUUUGGCUUUACGUUGGAACGCUGGAUCGCUAUCUGUUAUCCCUUUAAGCGUCACAAGCUCUGUUCAUCUCGCAGGGCCCUGAUCGGUGUGUCCGCGCUGGCUGUAAUUGUGAUCAGCUUCAAUGUGUUCUAUGCGGCAGCCUGGGAAAUUGUUGACCAUGAAUGCGUUCUGGCCGCCCGAUGGCAGGACGACUCCAGCUUCUACAUCUAUCUGUCCACAGUUGAGUGCGUCUUCUCCCUCCUAGUACCUCUGGCGACACUGGUCUUUAACAUCCUUGUUCUCCGAGAGAUUGGCAAGCUGGUGCGUUCGAAGAUCAUCGUCAAGGGUCAGAACUCGAGUCUCUUUAGACAACGCUCCUCCACAAAAUCUGCUCAUGUACCGGAGCAUCAACUGAUUCUGGGCGCGAAACACAGCGGACACAGCGCUAGCGCCAAGGAACAGUCAAAUUUCCACGCGGCGACUGUCAUGCUUGUCAUUCUGUCCUUCUAUCUCAUCCUCUGUACUCUACCGGUGGGCAUAGUUUUUGUGGUACAAAUGCGUUUCACCAGUUUCUCUGAGUUCCUCACUGACGAGGAGGUGUUGCAACAUCCGCAGUGGCGAGAAUACUUUGGGUUUCUGCGGGCCAAGGAGAUUGUGGACUUUCUCUGCUCCUCGCAUUAUGCCUGCAAUUUCAUCAUUUAUCUCAUUACGGGUAAGAGUUUUCGGUCGCAACUGCUGGACACGCUGGCCUGUCGGCACAAGAAUUCGCGGACGGAUAUGACCUCGGCGGUAAAUCAGCCCGUAUCUCAUGUGAGCCGAGUUGGUGGGAAGGUUCAGGAGCCUGCCAGCAAGUCAGAGCUUGGGAAUCCAGCAAACCGAAGGAGACAGUCUGCUCUAGUUAACCAACAAAACAAUACCGAUUGGCUGGAAGUGCCUGGUUAG